AUGGUCGAACAAGAUACCAGAUGCUGGAUAUGUCUGUGUUCUGGCGACGAACGCCCACCUAUGGGCAGUUUAAGUGAUUCCCAUGACUGGGUACACCCCUGCAAGUGCUCAUUGGUAGCUCAUCGCAAAUGUCUGUUGGAAUGGGUGUCCCGAAACUAUCUGGAUUAUAAGAAUGAGAUGUUAAGCGAGUUCAACAAUGACGGACAGAAUAUUUGGUUCAGUUCUAUAAACUUUUCUGAUGCAUAUUCGUGGCUUCAUUCAGCUGCUGGUAUGUUCCCGCCUUUGAACUGGAUAAGAGUACAAAGUUUUGGAACUGGCACCUUUGUUGAGGAACCCAGAUCUUUCAAUCCAAUGGAGGUAGGCCGGGUCUUUGCAGCUGAAGGAAUUGACGAAUCUAUUAUCAACAAUGUUGCUGAAGCUAUGGAAGCGGGUACUCGAGAUUUUCCUUUUGCUGAGAAUUGGUCGCUGCGAAAGUCCCGUAGGUUGGUGAUCAACACCGUGUGCCCACAAUGCAAUACUUCUAUAAUACUGAAGACUAAUAACGGACUUGUUGUCCCUGUAUCUGUUGCAGUCUCUAAGAGUCUAAACUGGAUAGCUAAAACGGUUACACAAACCACAAUUCUGGGAACAGUGGGAGGUUCACUUCUUUUCAGUUUUGGUGGUCUUCUAACGUCAUGGGGACUACGGAUACUUGCCACAUUGGCACCAGAAAGCACGAUACUGAAGCUUUUGGAUCUUUCACACGCUUCGAGCUUGUAUCAGGCCUUCCAAAAUAACCAGAUCGGAUUCCGACAAGUUGUUUUAAUGGGUUUGACGCCUAUAUACUUGCUGAGCUUCAUGUUUGAUAAUAGAUUCAUGAGCUGGCCGAAACGGCUGUACCCUUUACUUUUUCUCAAACCUGGAGAAAGUUUGGAACUAAACGUCAAGAGGUUUUUGCUGUUACAAUAUCCACUUCAGGUACUGAAUGGUACUUUCAAAGGUAUUGUCUACAACCCGAUUUACUUUAGCUGGGUCCACCGUGUGAGGCCUUAUUUCGUGAGCGACAGGAUGUCCUUGCAACAGUUAAGACUUUACGAGGCAGAGCAACAAUACCUCGAAUCCAGACGUGAACUUCAGAAUGGACAUCACGACUCGGGUAACAUACUAUCGAGAUUACUGAACCCUUUUGGGUUGGCAGAUGGAGGACCUAUAGAGCAAGGCAUCAACGCGCGCCGGCUAACUAUGCUGACGAGGUUCGAUUAUUCCCAGGCGCUCGUAGAAACGUCGUUCUGGGAGAAGAUAGGGACGGCUAUGUUAUGGCCAAUGGCUGGCAAACUGAUCCAUGGCGCGGCUCUUUCGAAGUCAUCGUGGUUCAAGCACUUUUUAUCUCAAUCGACUUCGACACCAAAUGACGGUCUUUACCUGGGAAACCUUGUAGGAUGCUGUGUCGCGGUUAUUUUGAAGGAUUUGGCACAUUUCCUGGUAACUUGGCGCAGGGUCAAGCAACUGCAAAGCAUGGAAGUCAUGGAAUACAUGUCACCAGAAUGGGAGUACGUUUUGAAUAGAAAAACAGGUCAGAUUCUCAAUCAAUUGGGCGCUUUAGGUGAGGAUGAGGAAUCACACGCUAUACUCGAUGAACACGUAAACAAUAUGCUCUCUGGUAAAUACCGGGAGCAGUGGGACGAGCUGUCGGUGAGCAUACAUACCUUGGCAGGCAAAGUCAACUUUUUUAGACACCUAGCGAUGAAAAUGGGUAUCGAGCGCUCUUCCGCUCUAAAAAAAGGGACAAAAUCAGGAAUUGUUGGCUAA